AUGAGACGAAUUCAAGGCCGUGUGACUCGUGACGACAUCCGAUCAGCCGGCCUAAGACGAUGGGAUGGUCGAGCAAGAAUCACCACGGAUUGGGUCAACCUCUUUCAUGAACCUGAAUUAUGUUGGCCAACCGGCGAUUGUCUCGUUUAUUUGCGCGAGCCUGGUCAGUCCAGUCGAGGUCCUGCAUUUCGAGUUCACACAGCCUUCCUCAAGGUCAAAGGAUUUGACUCUCUUGUCGACCGCUGCGUCGUCAGGAACUCGAUCCAUGCUGCGGCUCAAUGCGUCUUGCCAAACUGUCCUGGUUGCGAUCCUCAGCAGGCCCUGCAAGAGCUCUAUAUCCCCGCCCCUCACGGUGCCGGCCUCGAGGACAUCUUCGAUCAUCACAUCACAACCCGGAACUUCUUUGCAUGGCUCUACAAUCGACCACUGGCUGGUCGAACAUUAGGAAGGGCUUUGGUGUCACUCAAAAGAAGGAUCGACGUAUACAGGCCUGAUGACACUUCUCAGAAUAAGCUAGAAGUGGUUUCCUACGCCGAGAACCAGAGAUACUUAGACUUCCGAGAGUGUGUGGAUCACGCUUUGGCAGCCCUCUACUUGGCCGAAACUCUCCAAAUUGAGGAUUUAUGGAUAGAUGCUUUUGCCCACUGUGUGGGCAUGAGCCACCGUGGCCUUCGCUCGAGCAUUGAAUACGCAGUCAUCAAUGCAAAGGCCAAAACCCUCAUCAACCGAGCUAGGCUCGAGAUGGACCUUCGACUUGAUCGGGUCAACAAAUCUGUCAUUAGCUUCUUCCAAAACGAGGUGAACGGGAGCUUCCUGGGCCUCCCUCAGCCAGCAAGAGAUCAUCUGGAUAGAUUCCGCUCCUUCCUCAGAAAUUUUUAUAUUGAACAAUAUGGCUGCUGGCCGCCCAGUGGCUUCGAAGAUGAAGCAGUUCAACAGACGGUUUACUCCACCCUGUUCAGUGACUUUCAGAACCUCUACCAACACCUGGUGGAUCUCGAGUCUUCCACCAGCUUGGCCGAAAACGACGUCACCAAGACCGGGGGUGUAUGCACCAUACAAAACAUCCAAGCUUUCGACUCGAAGCAUCAAUACGAGCCUCUCGCUCAACCUCUUCCUCUUCUGCCCAAGGCACCAGAAUCCAGCAUAGGUCAGCGUCCAAAGGUGCAACGACGAAUGUCUUGGAAUCCGAUUCAAAGACGAAAAGCCGACAAAGAGGCACGAAAGGCACAAGACAAACAGGCCUUGAUUGCAGCGUCGAAUCGAGACUUGCUGGUCAUGGACUGUCCACUAGUCAGGAAAUUUUCCGACUUUGAAGAACGUACGGUUGAUGACGACCUCGAAGGACUCUCGGUCGUCGAAGGUCGGAAAGUCAGAUGGAUGUUGGUAUAUGCUGUCCUGCAAACUUUCCAUUGCAUUGCUCAACCGCCAAAACAGGUUCGCAACACUUCGAACUUGACAUAUUCACUUUGCUGCCAUCCUCCAAAACAGAUGCCGUGGCAGAUUACGUCGCCAACCAGUGUCCGCAAAGCUGAUCGAGUAUCUCAACUGGCUCCGGACACAAGUUAUUCUCACACCAAUGCGUCAUCUUCUUCCGUCGGCGAGACCCUCACGCGAGGAAGAUCCGCUGCCGUUCGUCGUCGAACAUUGCCUGCUAGCCUUCCUGGCUCACUGCUGGCAUCCUUGUCGACCAAGACGCCACCGGGUUCUCGCUCCUCCUCACUCAGGAGACUGAUGUCUCGACGAGCGCAGACAUCUGUGGAGGAAAUGCCAUCCAAGCGUCCUCCAUUCUGUGAAAUUUAUGUCGAGGGCUAUGGAAAUGGCCUGAAUGAAGUUGACCAUGGAGCUGGCUCACCUGCCGUGGAACUCACGGCAGAACCUGAGACCCGUGACCGUCUUAUCAAAGAAGAACCGAGUGAGCGACAUGAACUCGUGGGCGACUUGGUACACGAACUGGCCACUGAUGACGCCAAUACUAAAGCUCCCGUGCCUCCAUCUGACGAAUCGCCAACCACUCCCCCGUCGAUGUCUCGAGAAUCCUCCGGUUCUUCGAUCAGCAGUGCCUGGUCCAAGGGGAGCGAAAAGAGUGAUCUCGACCCGACCACCCCGGCUAGUGAUGCGGCCUACACACUGAAGGAGGUCCUACAGCCUCCCAACAUCUCGAAAAUGCCAAGUAAACGCAGCGACACACGGAAAGCGGCUCCCAAGCUACGACCUCAAUCAAUGAUACAAGAUGUAACCACCGCGCAUGCUAGUGUUCAGAUCAUCGACACCGAUCAAGACGACGCGAUGAAAAUGCCGUCGGUGCACUUCAACACGCAGACCUGGGAUUUGAUCCUUGCACAGAGACCUAUGACUGCUCCUGCGUCGGCUCCAGUGACUGCGUCAGCUUGA